CACACGGGAGGAAAGUAACUUCCUUAUUUAUCAUUAUCACUGUGAAGUUAUUUUCCUUUCUUAAAAGCAGUCUUCUUUUCACAGCCUCCGGUGAGGAACCAUCGAUAAAAAGACCAGUCUCUUCUUCGGCAGUGAUAACAGACCAUCUCCAGCGACAUCUCAUCAGCAAACAAAUCCCUUCUUCGCCGGCGGCAUCUCCAACUCCGGCGGCCAAUAUCAACGGCUCAUCCCCACUCUGGCAGCGACAUCUCAUUCCCGUUCCUACAAUAGCAUUUCCAACAAGGGUGAAGACUCCUUCAGUAUUUCCAGAGGAACAACCUCCGAUAACUCCCCUCCGGCUCUCGCCACCACUUGGCCUUUUCAAGAAUCUCUGCCUGAAACAGCUUCGUGCAUGAAAAUUGUGUAUUUGACAUUCGAGUUAAGCUUCUCUUGUGGUAACAGGAUGAGCAGCGAGUGUAGUUAUUAGCAUUAUUAAAGGUAAUGGGUUCGGAAUUUGAAUUAGUUGAGGAGAGAUUGAAGACUUUUUUGGGUCGGCUGCAGACAGAAUUUGCAAUUCUCGAUAGAAUUGUCUACAAAAAUAAGAAUCAGCAUCGAAGGUGCUCUUAUUUUCAGUACCUGCUUAAGGUUAGAAGGGAUUUGAGGCUUCUGCAAUCAGCAAAGUUGGAGGAAAUCUUGAAUUCCUGCUUUCUGGUAAUCCAUGGCAAAAGGCCUAAACAAAAACUGCAGCUUUUGGAAAGUUUGAAGCGGAGAAGGUGUGAUGGUGGCAAAUAUAACUUUUUGGAAAGGCUUCUUGGAGUUGCACGUUUACUAUCAAAGAUGGUUGAGCCACUGUUGAAGGCAGCUGUAGAUAUAUCUAAACUGCUUGCUCAAUCAUUCUUCAUGGGAUUUUCACUGACCAUUUUGUCACUGCUUGCACGCCUUCGAGUCUUGAUUCAACAAAUACUCCUUGAUGUUGUUUGUGUAUACGGCUCCGUUUCUUCACUAUCUCGAAAGGAGCAGGCUAUUAAAAUUACUGAAGAAGGUUUCGAGGUAUUUAGGGAAUAUUAUCCUAUAAAGGAGCAAUUUAUCUCCUUAGAAUGCAUUUGGCAGACAGAUAAGUAUAUAUUAGUUGAAAAAAUGAAUGAAAGUGAAUCCAAAACGCAAGGAAAGGAUGGCAGGGAAGAUGUUUCCCAAGGGGCAUCUCCAGUGCAGUAUCAGAGCAUUGAGGUUUUGCUUGGAGAUUACGAAACCGGCAAGGCAUAUCCUGAAGCUGCUGUAGAAGGUCCUGAUGGCAUGACCAAGGACAAUGGUUCAUUAGCUGAUCCUGUUUCACAAAGUAAUGAAGAGAAGCAUCUAAGAGAUGGUUCUUCUAGUGCAGGACCAACUGCAAACAGUAAUAUGGCUCUAGAAGGUGGCCUGCUCACAACUUCAAGCUCAUCUCCACAUUCGAAUCCUUUAAAACGCAAGGCUGGGAAGGAAAAAGUUGCCUUCAUGUCCGUGCGAGCUCCUUCACCAUCAACAUCAAACAAACUUGAUUCUGGUUUCAAACUGACGGACAAAGUUGAUGAACAGAAAGAAGAUCCUUUCUUCAGUCUGCUUACUGGUGGAAAUAAGAACACGAGUGUAUUUUAGGAGUAAUGUUGUCCUGUUACUGUAUCUCUAUGGCCAAUUUUGUAGUCUACAUAUUUCGUAGCAUAAAGCUGGUAUCAUGUUAUGGAAGAAACUUUUGAACGAAGUGUCUUAUCAAUUUUAUUUGUUGCCGACUAAGUGCCCGUGCUGGAUAGUUUUUGGAUACAUGAGAAUCAAUUUUGUGUGUAACAAAUUCUGAAUC